AUGUUGUCAAUCAUUUUGCUUGGCACUUUUAUAUCACUCGGUUCCGCGCAAUGCGAUACAGUCGAGACUGGCUACCAAUGCGACACAUCUAUAAGCCAUAAUUGGGGAAACUAUGCACCAUACUUCUCGGUUCCCAGCACCAUCUCAGCAGACACACCCGCUGGCUGCUCAAUCAGUUUCGUCAACCUCCUCUCUCGUCAUGGCGCCAGAUUCCCAACCACAUCCAAGACGACCGAGUACGAGGAGUUGUUCGAGCAGAUUCAUGCGAAUACGACAAGCUACUCAGCUGAAUACGAUUUCAUCAAGAAUUACACCUACGACCUCGGCGCUAAUGACCUGACCGCUUUUGGGCAACAGGAGAUGAUCCAUUCGGGGAUCAAAUUUUACGAACGAUACAAGACAUUGACAACUCUAUAUACCCCGUUCUUUCGCUCGUCGAGUGAUGAUCGUGUUGUAGAGUCUGCUCAGAAUUUCAGUCAAGGAUUCCACCAAGCUCGUGGAAGCAUUGAUCCGAAUUAUCCGUACCCCAUUUUGCUCAUAUCUGAAGAUGAUGGUCAGAAUAACACUUUGUACGCUCAAUUAUGUACCAACUACGAAGACGGCCCUGAUUCUGAUAUCGCCAAUGAUGCCGAAGAUACAUGGCGAGAUGUCUGGAUCAGUGAGGUGAAGACCAGGGUGAACGACAACCUGAUUGACGCCAGUCUCAGCAAAUCUCAAAUUAUUUAUCUCAUGGACCAAUGCCCGUUCAACACAAUCGCAAAUGUCAACGGGACGAUCUCAUCCUUUUGUGGUCUAUUCAACGAAAUGGAAUGGGAGAACUAUAACUACUAUCGCUCUCUAUCAAAAUGGUAUGCAGAUCUCCAAGGGAAUCCGUUGGGACCAACGCAGGGUGUUGGUUUUGCAGCAGAGCUCAUCGCCAGAAUGACCAACAAUCGCAAUUAUGUUACUGAUGCCAACUCUUACACGUCGAUCAACCAUACACUUGAUUAUUUCUCGACAACGUUCCCUCUGGGACCGGAUUUGGUCCAUCCUUUGUACGCGGAUUUCAGCCACGACGAUGAUCUGGGUUCUAUCUUUGCUGCACUUGGACUUUACAACUCGACAGCCAAUCUGUCCAACAUUACUCUGGAAACUACUACACAGACUAAUGGUUACAGUGCUGGGUGGACUGUUCCAUUUGCCGCUCGUGCCUAUUUCGAGAAGAUGGUGUGUCUAUCCGAGGUAGAAGAGUUGGUCAGAGUCGUUAUCAAUGAUCGAGUUGUACCGCUACAAAACUGCGAUGCGGAUAGCUUGGGGAGAUGUACGCUGAGCAAGUUUGUCGCAAGCCAGAGUUUCGUUACUGGAGGUGGGCUUUGGGGACAGUGUUUUGAUUGA